CCCGGGUCGUGCAAGUCGGAUUACAUGUGUUUCCCACGCUGACGUGUAGUUGUCGAAGUAGUGAGAAACGAUGGUGCGCACGACUACCAUUAGUCCCUGGGUCGAGGUCGGUCUCCGUUUCACCGGUAUGUGGCCGAAUUCCGCCUAUCCGGAUCUCUACUGGGCGUCGUAUAUAAUGAUAGUAGUAACGAUGCAAUAUUAUCAAUAUACAUAUGUUAUUGUGCACUUUGACGCGCGAAAUCUUUCGCUACUGAUGGAUUGUCUCGGCCUGGCUUUGGCCAACAGUCUCGCCACACUGAAGCUGGUCGCAAUGAGAUGGAACCGCGGGAUAUUUCACUCUAUCCUAUCGGCAAUAGAUGAAGACUGGGACGAGUGCAUUAAAUACGAAUUUUCCCGAUCCAUCAUGAUGACAGCGGCCGAUCAGUCUCGUCGUUGUUCUUACUUCCUCAUCGGCAUUCACGCAAUGGCCGCUUUCGCUUUGUCGGUUGGUGCUUACAUGUUCCGUUCGGUAAACACCGACGUUCGGGAGCUCCCUGUGAAAAUGGAGUUUUCUUUCGAUUACACCAAAUCGCCGCUCUUCGAGUCCAUCUUGACCGUGCAAUUUCUCUACAUACUGUCGAUUGCUUCUACAGCUGGCAUGAUCAAUGCGUUACUCGCUUCGCUGGUAAGCUGAUGACGUUCAUAGAUAU